CAGAUGCCGGGCUCUGGGUGCUCCCUGGGCCGGGGCAGGAUCCAGCCUCCCCGGGUGUGGGUGCUGUGGGUGCUGCCCGAGAUGCAGGCAGGAUCGGUCCCUCGGUCCCCGAGGGGUGCUCGGGGCCGGAUCCGGCGCGGUGCCCCCGCUGCCUGGCCCCGCCGUGGGCCCGAUCCUGCCGCUGGGCUGCGAGUGAUGGGGAGCGGCUGAGCGAGGGGCGGGGGCGUGGGGCCGCCCCCCGAGCCCAGCCUGGAGCCCCGGGGGGCUGGCGGGGCGCGGUGCAGUGGCGGCGCCGGGCCGUGGGGUGGCACGGCCGAGCCGGCCGGGAAACCGGCGCCAGACGGUGAUGCUGCCUGGGAGGGUUCCCGUCCCCGCAUCCCCACCUUCCUUCCCCUCUCCCUGCAGCCCUGCGCCCCCGCUUCCCGGCAUUCCUCCGUCCCUGCGUCCUUCCAUCCCUGCAUCCCUCCAUCAUCCUUCCAUCCCUCCAUCAUCCUUCCAUCCCUCCAUCCUUCCAUCCCUCCAUCCUCUCAUCCUUGCGUUCCUCCACCCCUGCAUCCCUUCAUCCCCACGCUGCUGAGCACCGCCCAGGCGCCCUAACACCCCCUGCUGUGGGGAGCAGCAGGGGGGGCCCUGCCUGCCCGUUGGCAGCACGGGCCCGGGGGGGCUGCAGCCGGGCACAGCGCCAGCACCCAGGCGUGGGGGGGGCUGAGCAGCCCCUGCACCCAGCACCCACCCUCUGCACCGCCGCCCCGCGCUGGGGAUGAGGGACCACCGAGGGGGACACAGCUCCACUGCACAGCGACACCGCAGCUAAUGCUGGCGGGAGCUCACCGCCCCCGGCCCACCAUGCCCUCUUCCAAGACCAGCAGUGAGUACUGGAUCGAUGGGUCCCACCGCAAGACAGCCCUGGAAGAUUUCUACGUCGUGGGCCCUGAGCUGGGACGGGGAGCCACCUCGGUGGUGUACAGCUGCGAGGAGAAGGGCACGGGCACCCCCUACGCUGCCAAGAUACUGAAAAAAACGAUCGACAAAAAGAUCGUGAGGACAGAGAUUGGGGUCUUGCUGCGGCUUUCGCACCCCAAUAUCAUCAAGCUGAAGGAGAUUUUUGAGACGCCCUCUGAGAUCGCACUCGUCCUGGAGCUGGUGACGGGAGGAGAGCUCUUUGACAGGAUCGUGGAGAGGGGUUUCUACAGCGAGCGGGAUGCAGCCCACGUGGUCAAGCAGAUCCUGGAAGCUGUUUCGUAUCUGCACAAAAAUGGAGUCGUCCACCGUGACCUGAAGCCAGAGAACCUGCUCUAUGCAGACCUGUCCCCCGAUGCACCCCUUAAAAUUGGUGACUUUGGGCUCUCCAAGAUCGUGGAUGAACAGGACACCAUGAAAACCAUUUGCGGGACACCGGGGUACUGCGCCCCUGAAAUCCUCCAUGGGUGCCCGUACGGCCCUGAAGUGGAUAUGUGGUCCGUGGGCGUUAUCACCUACAUCCUGCUCUGUGGCUUCGAGCCCUUUUUUGACCCGCGAGGGGACCAGUAUAUGUACAGCCGCAUCCUCACCUGCGACUACGAGUUUGUAUCCCCAUGGUGGGAUGAGGUUUCCCUCAACGCCAAGGACUUGGUCAGAAAAUUGAUUGUCUUGGACCCCCAGAAGAGACUGACUGUCUACCAGGCUCUGGAGCAUCCCUGGGUCACCGGGAAAGCCGCUAAAUUUGCUCACAUGGACAGCACGCAGAAGAAACUGCAGGAAUUUAAUGCCAGGCGGAAACUGAAGGCUGCCAUGAAAGCUGUGGUGGCUUCCAGCCGCUUGGGCAACCACGGGCACCAUGAUUGCUCUCGCAGCGGGCGCAGCCAGGGAGGUCCCCAGGGCACCUGUCUACCCCAGGGAACAGGGACCACCAGCCCUGAAGCCACUGCUACCGAGGACCUCGAUGCCUUCCAGAGUGACUGCCCUGCCGUGUCCAAGGUUUCUGUGAAUGGCGCCGGCUGUGAGAGCUAAAGCGCUCGGCGCUGCUGCCGGCUUGCCACGGCUUCAACAAGCAAUACCCUGUUGACCCUUGGACACUGGCAUGGGGUAGAAGUGGAGGAAGAUGGGGGGCACAGAAGUGCCCCGAGUGUAGGUGUGCAUCAGGAGCCUGUGGUCUGUCAUGUGGAGCAUCCUUGUUUAGUGUCCUGUUGCCAGUACAGUCGUACCUGGUUGCUGUGAGUGUGUGUCUGUACGGACUCAACUGAGGAAACAAGGCUGGUGACUCUGUCUUCCAACAAAUUAACAGUUUGGGCCACUGUGGCUUGAAAAGGUCCCAAGUGGCUUAAAAAACGAGGAGCAAACAGCAGAAAAAGGAUUUCUUUCACCUUCCCUACAAAGGCAGUAAGUUGUCUUUCUGAUGGAGUUUUGUAAGUUCCUGUAAAUAGUCCUCAAGGGUUUAUUUGCUUAGGGGAGAGGGUGCGUCUGGAUUAUCACUGACCAUCGACAUUACAACUACAGCCGCUGUUACCAGAGCCAGCUGUAGGUUUGCUGCUGUAUUAGACAAAGUUUGGAGGAGCCUUUGAAUCCAGCUGUUUGAUCCUAUCGGAGAAAAAGUGUUUGCCGGUGGUUCCUUUAGUAUCACUUGAUGGUAGACAACCUUUGAUUUAUGCUUUUGCUCCACUCCCAUUUCAUUUGUGCCCAUGUUUGGUCUUGCUGUGGGUAUGUGAUGGUGGUAGAAUUGUCACGAACCAGGAAUGCUGGCUCAUCUGGCCUCUGUGUCGGCACUCCAGGUUAGGAUUUACAUGAGUUUUGAUGAAGAACAAUGCAACUCUUUCUACGGCACAUUGUGAGCCUUUGUAAUGGUGCUGUUGUUUCCUGAGUGAGGACAAUGAGUUUAUACAUAUUUCGGUUUUUUAAGACUAAUGAAAUUUUUUAGGCAGUUAUUUACCAAGCCACAGGAAAAGCAUCUGCAGAUUUUAAUACAGAACAAGUAAUCAGACAGGAAAAGCCAUAUUACACAUGGAGGGUUACAGAAAGCCGGGCGGCUGCUCUGCAGUCACAGCUGGUGUGAUCUGGUGAUAGCAUGAGGUUUGCUAUCCUGGGGCAAUGGCCAUGACCCACAACCCUCACGGUUUGGGCGUGACACUUAUAACAGUGCGUUUGGGCAAAAAAUCUCAACUGGAGAAGAAUGAAAUUUGUACACGAGGUUCAUUUUUCCAGGACGGG